GGGAAGAUAUGAGGCCGAGGGGCGAGAUCCGAAGCGGCCGCCCCCACAUCCCGCCCAUGAUUUCACCCCACCACCCGCAAACAAACGGUACAGAGUGGAUUCCGCUCAUGCAUCCGUCGGAAGACCCUUAAAAUGCCGGACUUGAAGCUCUUGAAUUCUGACGUUCUUUAAAUAACAAUUGUCUGUUUCUGGUCUUUUCUCUCUGUUGCGUUUCGUUUUUUUUUUAUCAUUAUAAGAUCUUUAGCAAGAAUGGACCAGAUACGCGCAGCUGUCGUUGACGGACGAACAGCAAACAUCAGAUACCGCCAGAACGAGCUUCAAGCUCUACAUCAUGCACUCAUCAGCAAUGUCGACGAGAUUCUGCUUGCGAUCACCAAGGAUAGCAGUGGUGAUGGAUCGACAGAACCAAGCUUCGAAGCGGAGGCUGAAUAUUCUCAUACCAUGAGCGCUGUCAAGCAAUUCUAUUCGUCUUUGAACUUUGAGCAGUCACAUAAAGACGAAUAUCUGCUCGCAAAUGGUACGGAUAAUCUAUCGAGGAGAGUUGGGAAAGGACUUGUGGUCAUUCGACCGACUACUCAUACCCGAUUAUAUUCGACUGUUUGUCCCAUUGCUGCUGCUAUAACUGCUGGGAAUUGUAUCUGUUUAGAGCUGGAAGACACGAUCCUCAAUAUUGAUAGAGUUCUGAAGAAGAUCCUAUCAGAAGCACUAGACAUUGACACUUUCUACAUCUCAAACUCGCCUGUCCAAGAACCGACAGCUUUUAUAGUAGAUCAGACAUCGACAGUGUCUCAGCCAACCUUGAAUCAACUCUCCUCAAACGCUUCAUCUCGGACAAUCGCCAUCGUGGAUAGAGCCGCGGAUAUCGAUCUUGCUGCGAAGACCAUCGUCAAUGCUCGGUUCAGCUUCCAAGGCAGCUCAGCAUACAGUCCUGACUUAGUGAUUGUAAACGACUUUGUCAAAGCGAAGUUUACCGAGUCUUGUAUUCAAUAUGCUAGCAAGUUUCACACGAAAAAGUCGAAUUCCCGACGACAUCAAGUGGCAAGUCAGACUAAGAAGGCCUUCAAAGAGGCCGAAGAGAAGGGUUUGAUUUCUGUGUUUGGGUCAAAUGAUUUCGUGCUUGCUGAUGUCCGAGAGAGAAACUCCUUAAUCACAAAGAUGAAAGUAUCUGGAUGCUACCUCCCUAUCCUCGAGUGCACCAGCCUAGUAGACGCUCUCAUGUCUCAAAAGUCCGAGACCACCUUCCUUGCCGCAUAUCUCUUCUCCGAUGCCCCUACAGCCAAAUUCCUAGCUCAACAUCUCGACGCAACAGUCACAUACGUCAAUCAAAUCCCAGCCCAUCUGCUCAUCGGCCCCGCUGCACCCAUCACUUCACAAUCACCACCAUUUCCGCACAAGUACAACACCGACAUGUUUUCCUCCGAACGACCAGAGUUUAUCUCAUCGCCUGCGAAAGAACUCCUCACUCUUGAGGGCAUUCUCGGAGGAGCUGGUGAUACAGGACGUGGGGAGGAGCUGGUCCGCGAACUGAGGAAGAAUGCUGUGGAGCCGUUACCUAAGACAGGGCAGCCGUUGGGUCAUGCUGUGGGGUUCUUCGAGCAGGGAAUUUUCUUGGGUGCUGGGUUGUUCUUGAGUCUGGUUAUUCCGACAUUGGCAUAUGGGUCCUGGGUUCUUGGUAAGGGGGCUUGGAGGUUGGUGAAGCAUUGAGAGUGUGCUAUACCUUUGUGUGAUGAACCGAUCGCGUAGACUAGGCCGACUUCGCAAGGCUGCGAGGCUAAGGUGUUAAGGACGUUCAGGUAAAGAGUUAUACGGCGAACCUAGGGCUAACCUAGCUCGCUAGCAGCCGCAUCUCUCCUUCGAGGUCUUUACGAUCCUCUUCCUCUCGCUGUCUUUUCUACUUUGUAUUGUAGGUACUAAUAAAAAUUCGUUGUGCCGUCACAUGUGGAACGUCUUCAACUUCAGGCUUUGAGAUAUGGAGAUACACCGCGAGCUCUUACCUUGAAUCCUUGUUUGACCUACCAUCUACUUUAACCCACAGUAGCUACAGGAC